AUGGAGAACUUGAGUUAUAUAGUGACGGCGGAAUUUCAUAUAGACAAGGGUCCAUUAUUGGUUUACCAGUACCCGAAUGAGAUUCCUGGUUUGAAAAAUCUCUAUUUUCUUCCCGAGUUGAUGUUGCCCGACCAAAUUCAUAAGCGAAGUGAGGAUUAUACGUUGUUUUUGCUAUAUCGGAACAAGGAUGGGGAGUUUCAGUACAAGUUUGACAAGGAUACUUGUCAAAGCGAGCCAUACUUUUUGUAUACCAUUGUUUCCAAUUUGCAAAAAGAUGAGUUUAAAAGAGGAGCCCAGAUUAAGAGUGUUUCUAUAAUUACUAAACUACCGUUUUUCAAGAGCUUUAAGCCUUUGCUUUUGAUUUGCUUGGACUUGUAUUUUGAGAAUAACGAUUUCGAGAUAAUCAAAGAGUUGUAUCAUGAUAUCAAUGAAAAGGAUUUCCAAAUAAGCCAUCAAGUCACUAGUGGUGGUGGUGGUGAUGGUGGUGGUGGUGGUUCACCUGAUAAUGAAAUUAACAUUGUCAAAAAGAUUUUGCUCACUAGUAUUUUGGACUUACCUAUACAUGAUAAGAUAUACCAUGAUGAAAGUUUCCGAAAUAAAAUAUUGGGGAUCGGUAAGAAUCAAAGCUUGAAUAAAGAUUUAUUUCUUAGAAAAGAUUUGAGUUUUAACUCAAUAAUAAAUUUCAAUUCUAUGAAGAUUCCAAUACGGGUUCCAUUAUUGAACUUGCCGGACACUAUUGGCGAUUAUUUCAACCCAACAGAUUUAAACUUUAAGCCGAAUUUGAUCAAUAUUAUGAAUUGCAAAUUGACAGGCACUGUGUUGAAUAACGAGUUGACCAUUUACGGAUUGCAAACGCCGCCUAUAAUUAUAUUAAUCAAUGCUAUACUAACGGGGAAAAAGAUUCUAUUGUUAAGUUAUGAAAAUAGCGCUGGAUAUAUAAUUGAUCACCUUUUAUUGAUUUUGAAGAUAGUAACAGGCGGAGGGAUUUUAAGUGGGAUUCUUACAAACUAUAAUAUUUUCCCCAUAAUCGAUGUUUCCAAAAUCGACUUGCUUGAGAAAUGUGACAGUUUUAUUGCUGGUACAAUAAAUCCAUUUUUCAAGAAUAACAAUAAAUUGUGGGAAUUGCUAUAUGACUUGGACUCAAACGAAUUGAUAAUUAGCCCAAACAUCGAUACUGGUUCUGGAGUGGGGGAUAUUGAGUUUAAAAACUCGAUUAUUACCGAAGAUGCCAGAUUCUUGUCCAACUUACAGUUGUCCCUUUUUACCUAUAACGAUGAUUUAACAACAAUUCAAUUAAUCUUUAGAAGGCACAUUAAUGAAAUUAUACGAAUCUUGUUAAGUUCAAAGAAUUUUAAUAAUAGUUUGUCACCAAAUAAAAACGAUUUGAUAUUGUUGCUUGAUGGUAUAGGAUAUUUCUGGACCAGUGAUACCACUAAACUACUUGAAAUAUCGUGUUACCAGUUGAUUUCCAAAAAAUUCCAAGACUUGUUGUAUGAAGAGAAAUUAGUUUAUAAUCUUUUUUUACCGAAUUUAUCAAAUGAACUAAACUUGAUGAUUGAUCUUCAUUAUCACUUGCAAAGUUUAAGCAAUGUUUCAAUUAUUGGCAACAAUAAGAUCAAUGAACGAGAGAUUUGGUUCAAUAUGUUGAAAUUCCUUAUCAGUGGUAAAUCUUUGGAGAUUUUCUUACUAGUGACUUAUUUGAUACCACCAAGUAGCUCAACAAGUUUGCAAAGCUCUUCGGCACAUGGGGGCAACUUGACAAUAUUUGAUAAGAACAAAGGAAUUGAGCUUUUAUUGAUAAAUUUAUUCAAUCACGAUGAUCAAAUCAAGUCUAAUGUAAUUAUGAUUUUACAGGAAUUACAGGACAAUUUCUUGUGUGGAUGGUGUCUUGACAAAUUUAUAUCCUCCAACCUUGUUUAUGAGAUUGCUUUCGAUGAUUUGGUCAAUGGGUAA